AUGCCCAUCCUCGAUACCAAGCUCGAUCUCAAUGCGCUCUUUCGCAAACAGGUCAAGGCGACUCCCGACGCCUUGGCACUGAUCGACCCUUCAGCCAAGUACACAUAUGCUCAGCUUGACGCAAAAGUCGAGAGCCUCUCGCACCACUUUCGUCGACACCAUGCUGUUGGCCGCGAUUCGCUCGUCGGCAUCCUCAUGGGGAGAGGUGCAGACUAUGUCAUCGCCUGUCUCGCUGCUUUGCGUGCUGGCGGCGCCUUCCUCGUCCUCGAGCUCGCCUACCCGCUCGGUCUCCUUCACGAAGUCAUCAAGGAUGCUCAACCGGCUGUCGUUGUCACCCAGUCAGAGCACGCCAAAUUGCUUCCCAAGGCGCUUCCUUCCAUCGUGAUUGAUCACCCAGAACACGCAGCUAGCCUCUUUGCACCCGUUGACGCUGCUGCUUCGUCGUCAGCCUCGUCCUUGCCACCUCUCCCAGACGAGACCGACCUGGAGCGUCUCGCCUUCGUCUCUUACUCUUCCGGCACAACGGGCAAGCCAAAGGGCAUCGCAAACCCACAUCGAGCUCCCGUCAAGUCAUAUGACCUUCGUUUUGCUGUCAACGACCUCAAGCCGCAAGAUCGAGUCGCUUGCAAUGUCUACUUCAUCUGGGAAAUGCUUCGUCCUCUCUUGCGUGGAGCAACCACCUAUGCUAUUCCAGACCAAUCGAGCUACGAUCCCGUCAAGCUCGUCGAAUUGCUCGCCACCGAAAAGAUCACCGAAACGCUCAUGACUCCCACCCUGCUCGCCGCCGUGCUCGCUCGCCACCACAACCUCGGCAGCAAACUGCCGGAUCUUCGUGCACUUUGGCUCAACGGUGAGGUGGUUACCACCGACUUGGCCAGAAGAGCCAUCAAGGCGCUUCCCAACACGCGUAUCCUCAACUGCUACAGUGCCAGUGAAACCCACGAGGUGGCCUGUGGUGACCUGCGCGAGAUGCUCCCCACCUUGCCUGCCGAUGCUCCAUACUGCCCCGUCGGUCCGCCCAUGGACCCUGCCCACACUUACAUCCUCGACGAGGACGGCAAUGCAUUGCAGCCAGGUGAGCCAGGUGAGCUCUACGUCGGUGGCGAUCUCCUCGCUCGUGGCUACCUCAACCUCGUCGACACCACUGCAAAGGCUUUCACUCGCGACACAUUCGCCUCGGAUCCCAAGGCGCGCAAGUACCGAACAGGUGAUCUCGCCCGCAUCGUCCCCGAGUCCGGUCUGCUCGAGAUUACCGGCAGAGUCGGCGGAAUGAUAAAGAUACGUGGGUAUUCAAUCGUUCCUGCCAUUGUCGAAAAGGCCAUCGUCGACAACUUUGACGUCAGCAACUGCGCUGUCGUCGCUCACGGUGAGGGCCUCGAACGUCAGCUUGUUGCUUACGUCGUACCCGACGAAGGCGAGCGAGGCGACCGCACCCUCCUCACGAUCGAUGACAACGGCCACAGCCCCGGCGCUCGUCAACUGCUCGUUGCCCACCUCGCCCACUACAUGAUUCCCACCCUCUGGGUAGUGCUUCAUUCGCUUCCUACUCACGAAGUGUCGGGCAAGGUCGACCUCAAGAACCUGCCCAACCCUAAAGCCGCCAUUGCUGCGGCCAGUGGCACCAACUCGCGAGCCAGAAGCCCAGCACCCGACGAGACGGUAAACCUCAAGUCGAUCGCGCAGCUCUGGGCGCUUUCGCUCAACAUCAACCCCAACACUGUGCUCGAAGCGGGCAAGACGGUCAGCUUUUUCGAUCUGGGAGGUCACUCGCUGCUGCUGGCCGAUCUGGCUACCCGUAUCUCGAAAACGCUCGGCGGUUUCACUGUGCCGUUGGGUGAGCUGGCUGGACACCCCUCACUGCAGGAUCACGUUCGCAUCACUCUGGCCGCUCGUGAUGGCUACAACGCGGCAGUGCAGGCGGAUCUGCCCACGGUCCUGCGCGCCGACAUCGAGCUAGCGCCCGAGUUCAAGCUCGCUUCCCCCGAUAAGGUGGCUGCCACUCCCUUGAACCAGGCCAAGACCAUCUUGCUUACGGGUGCCACAGGUUUCCUCGGUGGGUUCCUGCUGCACGACUUGAUCCAAAACACCUCGGCACGUAUCGUUUGCCUGAUUCGCUUCAAUGCUCCCUACCGUACCGACCGAUCCGCCGCCAUGGCUCGCUUGCGUCGCAACAUGCUUGAUCUCGGCUUUUGGGACCACUCGAUGCUCGACCGUAUCGAUGUACUGCCCGCCAACCUGUCGCGCAACCGUCUGGGUCUUGUGCCCGAGGUCUACGAGAGCCUGGUCGGCAGCGUCGAUGCCAUCGUGCACUGUGCGGCCCAGGUCAACCUCAUCUAUCCGUACGCUGCUCUUCGUGAUGCCAACGUUGAGGGCACGCGCGAGGUUCUCCGUCUCGCCUUCCUCAGCAACGCCACCGUGCAGUACGUCUCGACCAACGGCGUGCUGCCACCUUCGCAGACGGGUUGGCCAGAGACGAGCAUCAUGCCGCUCGAGGAAGUCCCCGAUAAGCUGCUCGAUGGAUACUGCCAGACCAAGUGGGUGGCCGAACAGCUGGUGCUCGAGUCUGCCAAGCGUGGUUUGCCUGCCAAUGUGAUCCGUAUUGGCACGCUCAGUGGCCACUCGGAGACCGGUUCGACCAACACGUACGACCUCAUCACGGCGUUGAUUGUCGAGUCGGUGCACUUGGGUGUGGCGCCCGAGAUCCCUGACUGGCACAUUGAGAUGACUGCGGUCGACUACGUCAGCCGCGGCAUCGUUGCCAUUGGUAAUCAUAUCGAUGCGAAUCAGCGUAUUUACCACUUGGGCGACAGCGAGCCGAUUGACGGUCGUGUGCUCUUCCAGCAUCUGGACGCGCUCGGAUAUCCCACAACGAGGACCAACUGGAAGUCGUGGGUCGCGCUGUGGCACGAGAAGCGAGGCUCGGCCAAGGGCGGAGAUCACGGUCUGACGGUCGACAUCUUGCGUUCGGGGAUGCCGUCGGAGGAGUUCUUGCUGGGGAUCAUUGCGUUGAAGGACGACGCAACCCGUCCUGCGCUUGGCGAUUUGCAGAGGCCCAAGGUGAAUGCCAAGCUGCUGCAGACGUACGCUCGCCACUGGUAUGCGCGUGGAUGGAUGCAGAGGCAGCCCUCGAGUGUUGCUGAUACACCCAACGGUGUCAACGGCAACGGUGCCAAUGGACUCGCGGCCGCUGCCCCAGCCUUCGACCCCAAGCACCCACUCCGCGGCAAAGUGGCCAUCAUCACGGGCGCAUCCUCAGGCAUCGGAGCCGCCGUUGCCAAAGCACUCGUCCGCGAAGGAGCGCACGUCGCGCUCGCCGCGCGCCGCGUCGAAGCGCUCGAGAAGCUCUCCAGCGAACUGCACACGAUCUCGAGCUUCGGCGCCAAAGUGCACGUCCACAAAACCGACGUCGUCGACCGUCAGCAGGUAGACGCGCUGAUGCAGAGCACAACGGACACGCUGGGUGCGAUCGACAUCAUCGUGUCGUGCGCCGGCGUGAUGUACUACACGCUCAUGCAGAACGUCAAGGUGGACGAGUGGGACCAGACGGUUGACGUCAACUGCAAGGGACUGCUCAAUGUGCUGUCGACCAGCCUGCCGCGCCUGCUGCCGCGCAACACGGGCCACAUUGUCGCCAUCUCGUCCGACGCUGGACGCAAGGUCUUCCCCGGCCUGGGCGUCUACAGUGCCUCUAAGUUCUUCGUCGAGGCGACGCUGCAGUCGCUGCGACUCGAGACGGCCGGCACAGGGCUGAGGGUGACGGCGGUGCAGCCGGGAAACACGGCGACGGAUCUGUUGGGCAUGAGCAGCGACCAGGAGGCCAUCAAGAAGUACGGCGAGCCCACGGGCGCCAAGAUCUUGCAUCCCAGCGAUGUGGCUAGCGCGAUCGUCUAUGCGCUCAAGCUGCCGGAGCAUGUUGCCAUGAACGAGAUUCUCAUCGAGCCGAGGGACGAGCCCAUUUAG